AUGACUGCGUUGAUUAAAACAUCGAUCCAGGGCUUAAAAAGAAAGUAUAAUGCGAUAAGUUUUUGGUUGGGUCACAUUUUUUUUGUUGGGAUAUCAGAUCCAGAUCUAGCAAUUUUAGUAUUAAAGUCAACAUUGGAUAAAAACUUUGUCCACAAAUUCACAAAGCAUCUUACCGGCAACGGAUUAGUAUUCGCGCCUGUUGAUAUUUGGCACCGAAGACGCAAAAUUCUAGCGCCAACGUUCGCUUCGAGGUAUGUCAGCAAAUUUGUGACAGUUUUUGAGACACAUGCUAAGAUUAUAGCUGAAGCAUUCGAGUCUCAUGUCGGAAAAGGAAAUGUUUCAUGUUUGGAUUAUGUUAACCGAUAUGCAUUGGAUUCUAUUUGUGAGACCGAGUUUGGCAUGAACAUGGAUAUGCAGCGGCAACCAGAUCAUCCAUUCUUCAAUGCUUUUGUAGAAAAUCUAAAAAAUCUCGCUGCUCGCUUAUGCCUCCCUUGGUUACAAAUCGAUGUUAUUUACAAAUUAUUGCCCGUGUAUUCCAGACAAGAGGCUACGAAGAAAAUAAUUUAUGAGUUCAUCGAUAAUCUUAUUUACAAAAAGAAAGAACUGAUUACAGAAAGAGAUGGGAUUGAAGCCGAAGCUGAUAACCUUGUUGGUGAAACCAACCUUAAUAUUAAGUCAUUCCUGGAGCUAAUGAUAGAAAAUUCUAAGAAUACCGAUAAGGCGUAUUCUCACGAAGAACUACGGGAAGAGACUCUUAUACUUGCGUUAGCGGGUGCUGAUACAUCAGCAAUUGCGAUUUGCUUUACAAUUUUAUUACUGUCCCAACAUUCAGAUAUACAAGAAAGAGUUUACAAUGAAAUUCAAGAAAUUUUAAGCAAUUCAGAUAAACCUCUUCAGAUGGAAGAUCUCCUCAAAUUAAAAUAUACAAAAGCAGUUAUAAACGAAACACUAAGACUUUAUCCACCAGUACCCUUUAUUACAAGGUGUUGUAAGGAAGAUUUAAUACUACCUAAUGGUAUCGUUGUACCCAAAGAUAGCAAUGUAGUUGUAAGUAUCUGGGGCUUACACCGCAAUCCUAACCACUGGGGUGAUGAUGUGGAUGAUUUCAAUCCUGAUCGUUUUAUGUCUGGACAAAUACCAAACGCUUUUAUGCCAUUUAGCCAUGGUCCACGGAACUGUGUUGGAUAUAAAUAUGCGAUGCUGUCGUUAACGACAACAUUGGUGACACUUUUACGAAAAUACCGCUUCACUCCAGCCACAAAUUUCAAGUACGACAAAAACAAUCCACUUCGACUUUCCUUUGCCAUUAUGAUGAAACAUGUCGAUGGUUUUACCGUUCAAAUGGAAUAUCGUGAAUAAAGAAAUAUAGAACUAUCAAAGUUUUACUUGUAAAAAUAUUCAAGAUGACAUCAAAAAAUCUCGUGUUUUUCAAACGAUGUUCGCCGAUUUUACUUUGUUUGCCUAAAAAAUUAUUAUCUCUUGAUUGGGGGAGAAGGAAAACAUUAUAAGGAAGACAUUUUGUAUAGUUAUCACUAUUCAAAGACAAUGAAAACUGAGAUCAAAACCCGCUAUGUAUCAGUGUAGUGGCAUAAGCUACAAAUCUUUUCAUUAACAGGAGAUACCUUAAAUCUAAUACCUUUAAAAUUUGAAGAUGAAAGCUGACACCCACACCUGACACUUUGUUACACCAUCAACAUGUGACCCUGCCUUCUAAUUAAUAAACGUAUAAAUGUUAACUUCAGUCAAGUUCACGAGUUACAUUCGUAAUUCAUGGAAUCGUUUCAUACAGUCCAGUAAACGUUUUUUGUGUAAAGUCCUCUCACUCUCAUAUAUAGACAAAAUACUUCUUCUUACAUUUCCACGCCAUAAUCGCAUUUUGUGUUACAUUAUACGUUAUUAUAUAACUAUUUAGUUUAAAAUUAAAAUCAAUAAUUAGUUACGGAGAGAUAAAUUGAUUUUUGUUAUUUAUUUUUUAUUGAACAAAAUUUGCCAUGAGUAUGGUUCCAUUGAAAUUUAAAAAUCACUGAUUAAGUCAUCUUCAAAUGACAUUUGUUUGAGCGGCAAGCUUAGAAAGUCCCUCCUAUAUUUGUAUACAAGCUAUGAUUCUUAUUUACUACUAAACAUUAAAAAUAUGACUGCACCUU